AUGAGGACCCUUUAUAUGCCUGUGACUUCAGAAGUUCAAGAAUGUUCUCCUGGAGGACACCAGCUACUGCAGAGUCCUUACCGGAAUGUCCAUUUUGAGUCAUUGCACCUCCAACAGUCAGCCAUUCAGGAUCUGAUAUGUGACCAUUCACUUGUCCCUGGAUGGUAUCGAUUUCUCAUCUUUGACAGACCUGCUGCUAUGCCGACCAAAUGUGUUGAGAUGAACCACUGUGGAACCCAGGCUCCUAUCUGGCUGUCCCUGAGAGACUCAGAAACACUGCCUUCGCCAGGGGAGAUCAAGCAUCUGACAGCUUGUGCUACGUGGCAAUUUCUGUUUAGCUCUACAAAAGACUGCUGUCUUUUUCAAAUUCCAGUAUCUGUGAGAAACUGUGGGAACUUUUUUGUGUACUUCCUACAACCCACUCAAGGGUGCAUGGGAUAUUGUGCAGAAGUUAUUUCUGAUUCAGAAUUACAAUGUGGUCCUGAAGAAACUGAAGUUGGAGGUGAUUGUAUACCUCAGCUGUCUGCCUCGAUGCCCCCACUUCCUCCUGGAAGGCCUGAGGUUGUGGUGGAACUGAUUGGAUCCAGACUUUUCUGUAGGUGUGUUUUUGAUGUCCCCCCUACAAACUACUCAGUAGGAUUUCUCAUAGCUUGGCACAGACUUUCUUCUCAAGAAAUCAAAGAGGAGCUCAAGCAAGAGACCACAGUUCAGGCAUUCUCUCUUCUGGAACUGGAUGGCAUCAAUCUCAGACUUGGAGACAGAAUAUUCUGUAGUGCUUCCAUCUUUUUCUUGGAGAAACCACAUAUACAAAGUUUAAUCAUCGAAAGUCAAGAAUUUUUUGCAGGCAUUAAGUUGCAACCUGAAGUUAGUACAAUAUCAGAAGAUGGGAAAGAAUACCAAUUGAGGAUUGAGAACACAGUUCCUAUCAUUUGCUCUCAAUUAAAUGAGCUUGAUCAGGAAUGCAAAGUUUCAUUAAAACUGAAAACUGUUGAUCAAGGAAAAGAACAGCGAGGCUUGAACUUGGCACUGUCUUCCUGUCAUGUGGACCUUCUCCCAACAUCUUCCUGUGCUUACAAAACCUGUGGCCACGCUUUUGUUUACUAUUCUGCUAUGACUGAUUUUGCUCGAGAUGGAGAAAGAGUUACGAAUAUAGUGGUGGAGCCCAUUGUUAGUCAGAAUUUUCUGUGGAACAGCUACAUUCCAGAUAGCAUCAAGAUCAGAGUAAAGGAUAUUCCAACAGCUUACUGCUAUUCAUUUACUGACCCACAUAUAAUUACAUUUGAUGGCAGGGUAUAUGAUAAUUUCAAGACUGGAACAUUUGUGCUUUAUAAGAGCACAUCCCGUGAUUUUGAAAUCCACGUGCGUCAAUGGGACUGUGGAAGUCUUCACUAUCCUGUGUCAUGUAACUGUGGAUUUGUUGCCAGAGAAGAAAGUGAUGUGAUUACUUUCGAUAUGUGCAGUGGUCAGCUGCAUGAGUCACAGCCAUAUUUAUUUGUAAAGAGCCAAGAUGUAACCAACAAUAUCAAGAUAAGUGAAUCUUACCUUGGAAGAAAAGUCACGAUUUGGUUUUCAUCUGGAACUUUUAUCCGUGCUGAUCUGAGUGAAUGGGGCAUGAGUUUAACAAUCAGAGCCCCUACUUUAGAUUAUAGAAAUACUUUGGGACUUUGUGGAACAUUUGAUGAAAACCCAGAAAAUGAUUUUCAUGAUAAAAACGGAACAAAAAUUGAUAGAACUUUGAAUAAUUAUAUUGAUUUCAUCAAUGAAUGGAGGAUUGUACCAGGAAAAAGCAUGUUUGAUACAAUGCCAGCUUUGCAGCCAUCACCCAGAAAACGGUCAUAUUGUAGCUGUUCAUUGAAUACCACAUCAGUGUAUCCUUCUAAUCAUCUAGAGAGUGGCCCUCAAUCAGAAGUUGUUCCAGAUUGUAAAAUUCUCCAACGAAUCAGAUUUUCUUCUUUGAUACCAGAUCUAGAUGUCACCUCUGAAUAUAUUAGCACAGAAGCUCUUAUGAGAGGAAUAAACAAGCAUACAUCUCCAGAAGAAAAUAAUUUGGAAUUCUCUUCUCAAGAAAAAAGGCCUGUGAACCUAACGACACUGGACUUCGAUUUUAAAAAUUAUCUUAAAAAUGAAAAACAGAAUGUACUACAAACUUUGGAUGAUGGGAAACAUUCAUGGGAGGGUAACAAUAGCCAAGAAAUAAGGUGGGGUCAACAAAAUCGAAGAAAAAGGCAAAACAAUUAUGAAUCUCUUUCUUUGAUUGCUUUCCCAAGUGUCAGUCAGAAUGAUCUCGAAGAGUUUACUUAUUUUUUUCCUGAGGACCAUACUGAGGAUGUCUACCAAGAAUUCGUCCCCACGUGGCCCACACCCUCUGGCCAUACUGAAAACAGCACCUUGGCACUGUGUCAACACAUUCUAGCCAACUCCAGCAUAGGCAGACACUGCUUUGCUUUUCUUGGCAAGAGACUAGACAGUGUUAUAGAUAUGUGUGUUAAAGAUAUUCUGCUCAAAGAUGAUAUUAGUUGGGCAGAAGCAGGUGUGGCCCUUUUAGAAAAUGAGUGUGAAAGAAGAAUUUUGGAAGAGGGGAUAUAUAAUACAGAAGAAGAUGAAAAGUCUGUUGAAGAUAUUCUCUUAGAAUUAAAGUGUCCCAAUUUAUGCAGUGGCAAUGGGCACUGUAUGGAAUGGGGGUGCAUAUGUUCCCCAGGCUUUAGUUCCUAUGAUUGUAGUGAUUCACAUGACAAAGCUCCUGAAAUUAUAGAACUUGAAAAUUCUGGAUUUUGUAAUAUUCGAAAACAUAAUUGCAUGACAGUGAGAGUUUUUGGUCAAGGCUUCAAAGAAUUACCUUCAAUUAAAUGUGAAUUUACUCGACUGCAGUAUAAUAGUAGUAAGUGGAUCCUUGGAGAAGCUAUCUAUGCCCAUACCAAUUUUCAAAAUAGCAGAACUAUUGAUUGUCAGAUACCUACUGAUGUUCAACAGUCAAGCACCCUGGACUUCCUGGGUGAGAAACCAAUUGUGAAGUGGCAAUUGAAGGUAUCUAAUGAUGGCUAUAAAUUUAGUAAUCCCAAAAUAAUGAUUGUAUAUGAUGGAACUUGUCAAAUUUGUGGUCUCCAUGAAAACAACUCUUGUUCUAUAAAGGAAAAUGUUUGCAUUAUUGAUGGACUUUGCUACACUGAAGGGGAAAAAAAGCUUACCAAACCUUGUUUGAUUUGUAGACCUCAAAUUUCAAAAUUUUCUUGGUCAAUUUUAGAAAACAACCAACCACCAGUAGUUCAACUACCACAAAGCAAAUUGUAUGCAUAUCAUGGGGAAAACUUUAUGUACCAGUUCACUGCUUUUGAUCCAGAAGGUUCUGAGAUCCAUUUUACCUUGGACUCUGGUCCAGAAGGAGCAGAUGUUUUUUCCACAGGACUUCUUAUGUAUAAAAUAGAGUCAGAGACUCCCCUGCAAUUCACUCUGCAUCUUAGUGAUGACUGUAAUAGUGUAACUACGUUUACAUUUGAGGUGUUUGUGAAGUCUUGUGAUUGCUUGAAUGGGGGGUCAUGCAUUUCUGACCGUGAAUAUUCCCCAGGAAGUGGAGCAUACCUGUGUGCCUGCCUGCCUGGCUUUCAAGGUAGUCUUUGUGGAAUGAGUGUCACUGAAUGUCAUCCUGACCCCUGUAGCCUUGGUAAAUGUGUUGCUGGUAUUCACAAUUUUUCUUGUGAUUGUUCACCUGGACUAAAAGUUGAAAAACAGUUUUUUAAUGAAUUUACUACACCUAUCUUGGCUCUCACAUUUGAUAACAUUGUAACUAAGGAAGAAGAAAAUAAAAAUGCCAGAGAGAGUGACAAGCACCCAAUAUUAUCAAAUGAAGAUGAAUCUACCAUUUGUAGACACCCAUGUGGAAAAAGCCGAGAAUGUGUUGCCCCCAAUAUAUGCAAAUGUAAACCUGGUUAUACUGGUUCUCACUGCCAAACAGCUAUAUGCCAUCCUGAUUGCAGAAACCAUGGAAAGUGUAUUAAGCCUAAUAUUUGUAAAUGUCUCCCAGGGUAUGAUGGAAUGACAUGUGAUGAAGAGCAUUGUAGUCCACCUUGUCAGCAUGGUGGCACAUGCUUGGCUGAAAAUCUCUGUACUUGUCCUUAUGGAUUUGUAGGACCAAGAUGUGAAAUAAUGGUUUGUAACAGGCAUUGUGAGAAUGGAGGUGAAUGUCUUUCACCAGAUGUCUGUGAGUGUAAACCUGGCUGGUACGGACCUACUUGUAAAACAGCUCUGUGUGACCCUGUUUGCCUCAAUGGUGGUUCCUGUAAUAAGCCAAACACUUGCCUCUGUCCAGAUGGAUUCUUUGGUGCACAGUGUCAGAAUGCUGUCUGUCAUCCUCCCUGUAAGAAUGGUGGCCACUGCAUGAGAAAUAAUGUUUGUGCCUGCCAAGAAGGUUACACUGGGAGAAGAUGUCAAAAAAGCAUCUGUGACCCUAUGUGUAUGAAUGGAGGAAAGUGUGUGGGACCAAACAUUUGUUCUUGUCCUUCUGGUUGGAGAGGAAAACGAUGCAACACACCUAUCUGCUUUCAGAAAUGUAAAAAUGGUGGUGAAUGUAUUGCUCCCAACAUAUGUCAUUGUCCUUCCACAUGGGAAGGAGUGCAGUGUCAAAGACCAAUAUGUAGUCAAAAGUGUCUUUAUGGAGGCAGAUGUGUAUCUCCCAACAUCUGUUCCUGUCGCAUGGGAUAUUCUGGAGUCUAUUGUGAGAAGAAAGUACAGAUCGGGCACACCUGGCGGCUCCUGACGCCUGAACCCUACCACAUGCUUUUCAGUGUGGCUACUGCCCAAGACUUGUGGCUGCCAGUUUUUGGAAUAACUCCUCCUAGAAAAGCCAGCAGAAGCCACGUAAUGGAGGGGAGCAAGAUCCACCCACAAAUGGUGGAGCAAAAAAAGCCCAAAAGCUCAGCUUAG